AAGCUUCUCGCUGGAAGUGGAAAUUCUAGAAGGAAAAACAAACGUCCGGUCGCCAUUUUGGUGAAGACACCGCAAGUUCUUUCCCUCAUGAUAACUUGAACUUGGCUUCAUGGUCCACACCCUGGUGUUGCUAUGGCGACAGUCAACAUCCACUGCAGAAGACUGGAGGCAGCGAGCGGGGAGCAUGGAGAGCAAAGUCCCCAGCAGAGACAUCAUCAUCCCGGUGGUGGCUGCGCGCCUAGAAAAGAAGCUGGGUUCGAUUUAUCUAUAAAUCAGAAAGACCAAGAUGGAAAACACAGAUUGUAUCAGCCUACAGGACGACACAAUCGCCAUCAGCCUCAGAGACUAAAGGAGAACUUUCUGGAUAAUAAGUUGGAAGCCUCUUUUAGAUCCUACAAUUGGAAACCUGAAUGGAACAAGAAUGAGAAAGUAAAUCCACAUCAGAAGCAGCAAGUGCAGAGGAGAAUCAGAGAGAAAAUGUCCUCUUUCUACAUCCCUGAAUAUUUUGCUAGAAAUCGUGUUUUCCUGAGAGGCAUAAACUGUAAAGACAGUGACUGGACAGUCCUCUCUGCAGGUAUUAGCCGAAGUCCCGCACAAGCCGUAUCACAUGCAGAAUUCCGAAGGCUCAUAUCAUCUGCUGCAGAUUUAAUUGUGGCCACUACUUCAGAAGAUGAUUUACAACAUCUUCACAAGAACAGAAAAUCUCAUUUAAAACCAGGUGGAGAGCGAUUAUCUACCUCUAUACAUGUGGAUACUCCAACUAGUUAUGAGGAACAUUCUCCUUAUACAUCAUCUCUGGAUCAAGAUAGUCAUAUCUUCUCUGGUCAAAGUGUGAAUCUGGGCUUACAGAAGACUCAGACAGUGCCAGAAACAAGUGAGAACAUAGAUUAUGAAAUUGCUGUUCAUGCCACAGCCAGAUUUCAAGAAGAAACUACACCUUCCCUAUUUUUACGACUGUAUGGAGUAAGCGGCAGAUCAAUUACACUUUCCCUUCAAAAUCCAUUGUUCAACGCGGUCACAUCUACCAUUGGGCAGGCUUUUACUUUUUAUGCCAAGUCAAGGGAUGUUGGAGAACUUACUGACAUGUCUAUAGGAAUUAAUAAAAAAGAUAAAGCCUGCAUUUGGUAUUGCAAGAAGGUUAUUGUAAAGAUGGGGACAAAACAGUACGUAUUUCCAUAUAACAACUGGCUCUUCCCAUGUAAAACUAUUGAGAAGCACGUAUCGGGACCCGUUUCUGCAGCCACCAGACCACAAACAGCAGUGAUCAGAGAUAUGAAAACCUGCCAGCUUACAAAAGAUAACGUUAGACCAACCUCCACUAAACCCCAACACAACAAGCACUCUUCCUAUAUGGUAUCUUCGAAGAAACUGGAGUUUCCACACAUAAAUGAUGGAAAAGUAGAAACUACUGAGAAAGAGAAUGAUCAUUUAAAUAGUGUUGAGAUAAAUAAAAAGAAGUCAAUCCAGUCACCAAGAAUAGUUGAAGGAAACUCAUCACUAAAAACAAGGAAAUAUGGCUUAUCAGAGAGAAGAUCUCAGGGCCUUCCUAGUUCUAAAAAAGCCAAAGUUCCGGUAUCUUUAAGAAAGACUAAGACCAACAGGGAGACAUCUGAUCAGGUCACUUCAGUGGUGGAUAGACGCACUGCCGUCAGAACUUCAGAUGAUAACAAGGAUCAAUCGCUUUUUAGUGAGAACAUGUAUAAUAUAACAUCUAAUAUUACAGAUUCAAAUAUAGAUCUGACAAUGCAGGAUAAAAUACAGUCUCCAAAAUACAAAAGAGCAAACAGUCCAGCCAGAUAUGUGUUCUUCGCUGUUGAAAACAAAGAGUCACCUAUCAUUGUUCAAGUGAAUGGAAACACCAAGAAACAUACACAAGAUGGUUCUAUUGGUGGAAAGACAGGAAUCAUGAGGCAUGUAUCUUCUGAGAAUGCAAAUAAUGGGUCACAGUGUUCUGAUGAGAAAACAUAUACUAGAUUUGAUAAAGGAUCUUCAGAACUUGCUUUACUACAAGAAAUACUUUUAGAUUCUGGGAAUAAUCUAACUUCUGGCUCAACUGAAUCUCAUCCAUUUUCUAACUACGAGAAGAGUGAAGGGACAGGUGCACAGGAGGUCAGUGAAGUUUAUAGAGACCUUACACAUAUCAGUGACUGUGACCAGUUGUGCUCUCAGCUAAAUUGUGAAGCCCCCAACACAUCUGGUUACAGCUGUUCAAGUGGAGAACACAGCAGCUAUGAGACUGACUCGACACUAGAUGAGGAAUACAUGCUUUCAGAUCUAUCAUUGGAUCUAAGUUUGUCAGAAGAUGAGGAUUCUCACUCCUUUUCCAAAUUUUUGAACAAAGGACCAGAAUGCAACCAAGAAAAACAUAGCGAAGUGAUGAAGAAAUCCAAGCACAAGAUCUGGAGGCAGAGAAGAGUGGAGUCGUGCAGUGAAAAUUCUGAUAUAUUUCAGCAUUCGUUAUCUGCAAUACACAACCAAGAUGAGAAUACUCUGAGAAAGUUAUGCCUGUCCUAUUUCUUUUUACCCAGUAUAACAGAUGAAGAAGGGAAAACACUUUUACAUCACGCAGCUGCUCAAGAGGAUUCAAGUAUUUGUCAGGUACUCCUGGAUACAAAUGUUGGAUUGGUGAACAUAGACCAGCAGGACAGAUUUGGGAAGACUGCUUUACAUUAUGCUGUACAAAAAGGAAAUCCAAAAAUAAUAAAGAUACUUUUAGACAAUGGUGCAAAAGAGGAAAUUCCAGAUAAGAAGUCUCAGACAGUUUUAGACAUUGCUCUUUACAAAGUUCAGACCCAGUAAAUAGGCUCCGUAUAUUAUGCCGUGAUCUUAAUGUUCAAAGUAGACGUAUAAUUAUUAUUACAGUGUACUUUAAUACUGAUACUUCAAUAAAACAGGGCACCAUUUUAUUUUGAUGAAGCCUGAAUUAAAGCACUUCUUUUUAGAAAUUGGCAAUAUAUUUGCACUUGGCAUGAAUCUUGCUGACAUUUCUUUAUUAAAUAUAAACUAAUAAUAAGCUUAGCAUUUGUGGAACACCAGGUCUACAGAUAUAGCAAAACUAGUAAACAGGAAAAAAUACUGCAAUAUAAUGUCACACGUAGUUUUCUCUCUUUACUUCCAUGGGCUAGGAGUGUUUUUCAACCUGGGUGCCUCCAAC